AUGAAGUUCUUCGCUGCCGCUCUUCUCUUCGCUGCCACCGUCGUGGCCCUUCCCCAGCCUGGUGAUGUAAACACUGGUGGUAACAAGGUCAAGUACCCUGUCAGCAACAAGACCACCCUGAAGCAGGCCCAGAACACGUGCGGCAACGACGCUAAGGUCUCCUGCUGUAACGAGGCUACCUACACCAAGGAUGUCACCAACAACGCUAACGGGCCCUUGGCUGGUGUCCUUCAGUCCGCUCUGGGUGCUGGCUCUGGUGGUCUUGGUCUCUUCGGCCAGUGCAACGACCUCAGCCUCAACGUUCCUGUCUUGAACGUUGUUGGCGGUGGUCUCGAUCAGCUCGUUGAGCAGAAGUGCAAGCAGAACAUUGCUUGUUGCCAGGACACCAAGUCCGAUGCUAACGGCAACCUCAUCGGUGUCGCUAUUCCCUGCGUUGCCCUUGGCUCCCUCAUCUAA